CGUUAUUUUCCAGGCUCGAAACUCUUUUCGCGUUCAAAAUUCGCGAAGUGACCGCCAAUGUGGAUUCGCCGUGUCGAGUGACUUGCGUUUGAAAAUUUCUGUCAUCGGGGGCUAGGAGUGUCCCUGUAUUGCACAGCUACGGCGCCUUCGCGGCGUAUAUAUUUGGAUCGAUUGAGUGCCUUCAACUGAGCUCCGCAUCAGUUGUGAGAUCAUGGCAUCUCAGACAGGAAAAAAGAGUAAGAAGAAGAACGUAAAAACCGUUCCGCUGACCGAGUUUUUACACAGCGACGAUCAAGCAGGCGGUAAAAAUGUCGUCAGAGCGGUUAAAGACACCCCGUCUAGCAAUUGGGCUGACGAAAUGGAAGAAUUCGACCCUACACCCGUGGAAACAUUUGUGCUUCCGUCUGCCCCGAAGGCAUCUCGAGGCGUAGACAUAGACUUGAGCACAUUACCACCGAAUGGGCCCUACACUGUGCACGUAUCUAAUUUGGCGUACGACUUGGAGGACUCUGACGUCGAGCAGUUCUUCAAUGAGCAAAAGGUGGCUUCCAUUCGUCUCAUGAGAGACGAAAGUCGAAGGCUCAAAGGUCACGGUUAUGUGGAUUUCGAGACCGUGGAUUCUCUCGUCGAGGCCUUGGCCAUGCAUGAGAAACAAUUGAAGUCUCGGGCGAUUAGAAUCGAACUUGUCACUGGGACUGAACGUAGUGGAGGACGUGGUGGACGAGACCGAAAUGACCGGGAUCGUGACCGGGAUCGCGAUCCUGACCGCACAACCGGUGAUUGGCGUGCUAUGAAGGAUCGACCUGUCAUGAGCGAUCGUGGGGGAGAUCGUGGUGGCGAUCGGGGCGGUGAUCGGGGCUACCGAAACGGCCCAUCUGACUACGACUCCGGACGGGAUUAUAACCGGGGUGGGGAUUCUGGAUUCGGCCGCGGAGGAGGAGGAGGUGGUGGGUUCAGAGAUCGCGGGGAUCGGGACCGGGAUCGUGGGUACGAUCGUGAGCCUCGUCGGGACACGGAUUCCGAUUGGCACGCUGGCCGUGGGCCACGGGACAUGGACGACCGACGUAUGGACGAUCGACGCAUGGAUGACCGACGUAUGGACGACCGUCGAGGCAUGAAUCGGUCGCGGAAUUUUAAUUCGUACGAUUCGAGGAAAAACCGCUACGACGAACCUCCAGGAUUUGAGCGAAGAGGAGGUCCUGGAAGUCGUGGGGGCAGAAGAGAUGACUGGUCACACGACAGGGACAGGGAUGCGGAAAGAGGGCCAGGUUCUUCCCGGCCAUAUUCCCGCGGGGAUUCUGGGGAACGAGAGCGUCCCAGCACACCGAAGGAUGAACCAGAUGCCGGCCAAGAGGCUAAAGCUGAGCCAACGAAGGAACGACGAAGGAUUCAGUUGCUGCCGCGGUCGCUUCCAGUGGCGGACGAUGACGAAGCAGCCCGGUUGAAGGCGUCCUCGAUAUUCGGAGGCGCCAAGCCAGUGGACACGGCGGCGAAAGAACGCGAAAUUGAAGAACGACUGCGACGGGAAGCUGAAGAGAAGCAGGCUCGCGAGUCUGAGAAACAGCAACAGGAUCAGGGCCCGCCGUCUUCGCAGCCCAGGGCUUGGAACAGAUCGGAGGACGAAGAGCAACGUCCGGGUUCAUCGGCAUCUGGCUCGGUGUCGUCCGUGCGCGGGAAGCAAGACGAGGUUGAUCAGCACCAAGAUCAGGAGCUUGACGACGCAACUCCAGCGCCGCCGCCGCAGCAGUCGCCACAGCCGCCUUCAUCGACGUCGCAUUUCAACGAGCCGCCUCAAGAACCGAGCGGUCCUCGCGCGUGGCGUCCCCAGUCUCGUGAUCAUCGGGAACGGGACAGCUAUGACGCCCCUCGUGGCGGUGGUGGUUCUGAUCGUCGUGGGAAACCAAUGGGCGGUGGAGGAGGAGGAGCUGGAGGAUUCGGCCGCGGAUCAGGUGGUGGCGGCGGCGGCGGCGGAGGGCCACGAGGAGGAGGCGGCGGCGGCGGCCCUGGUGUUGGUGGGCCAAGACGAAGCGAGUUCCGACGACACGACGACGGCGAAACUCAUUCGAUGAAUCUGAGAGACGUUCAACGCGGGCACUCCGUAAGGUCGCCGACUUCUCCGCAGUCGGAAGAACCGCCGUUCCGAUCGAACUUGUCAGGCGGGGCGCCGACGAAGCAACGGGAUCCACCGGAGAAUCUCGUCGAGGCGCCUGCACCGGCGGUCAAUGUGUGGGUGAAGCGGAUCGAGCAGCGUCAAGCCACCGAGCCGCCAACAAAGCAAGUGCCUGGCCCGAGUGAAGAUCACCACCAUCAGCAACAACCGCCUCGUCAUCAUCAGACUGCGUCGUCGCCGCCGCCGCCACCAGCAGCAGCGAAGAAGGUGGAAACGCAGCCGACGGCGCGGAAGGUUGAAGAACCAGCAGCUGCUGCUGCUUCGGCGGCGCCGCCGCCACCUUCCCCGGCGCCGGCGACAAGCGCUUGGGGCACGAGGAAGGCGUGGGCGACGGUGGCGGAUCCGGUGACGUCGUCGUCGAUACCGACAGUGUCGGCUGCUGCUAAUGGAGCCAUGGGUGACGGCGGCGGUGGUGGCAGUGGUAGUCGUCGAUCUUCGUCGCAGAAGGCGGCUCCGACCCCAGCGCGACUGGGAUUCGGACGCGGAAAGGCGAGUGGGGAAAAUGUGCCGCCCGGAGGAGGAAAUGGUGGUGGUGGUGGUGGAGGGACGCCGGAGGUCGGUGUCAUGAUGCCGUCUGCUGUGCCCAUGGGCGCCUGGGCAACCCAUCGCCUUAGUUCGAAAAAGGACGACGUCACCGUGAUGACGAACAAGUUCGCCGGACUGUCGACGGAGUCGGACGACAGCAUCAGCCACUGAAACCCCCCGCUGGAACGGAUGCAUCGACUGGGUUUCUUCCACCUGAUGGAACAUACCGUUCCUUAAGUAGCAAAGAUGAAGCAGAAAAAGAAAACAAGAAGAAGAAAAUCCUACAAUUUUUUUUGUUUUGUUUUUUGCUUUUUUUUCAAGUGCGAAUGGUUAAAUCAAUCAAUCAAUUGAAUCGGUGGAUCCACGAAUCGACGAGGGGCCCGCGCAGGGUUUUUUUGUUUGUUUUUGUUUUGUUUUGAAAGACUUGAGAAAUUGUGAGAAAGAUUGAGGAGAUGAGUUUGGGUGUAAAUGAAAGUUGCGUGUGGAUGCGAAAGUGGAAAGAUGGGGUGGGUUCGGACCCAAGUGUGCGUUUUACGACCGUGCAAAAAAAGAAAAAUAGUUUAUUUCCCCGUGCCCGAAUUGCGUUUCUCGAGAUUUUAUUCCAAGUCUCGCCCUCCAAUAUAUCUUCUUUUUUUUUAAAUCAUGAUUUUCCCCCGUUUCUCUUGUAAGGUUUCAACGGGUGAAGAGAAUGCCUUUUUCGAGAAUCGCUCCCGAAUAUCGUUUUCAUUUCGGCUGUAGGAUUGCUGUGCUUUUUUAUUUUCUUUGCAUCGAAUUUUUGCGUCUCCGUUUGAAAGAAGUCAUUCGAUUGGGUUGUCGAUCGAGGGGCAUUUGCAAAGUCCUCGUCUUUGCGCCAAAAAGAAAGAGAAAAGGAGGAAAUAAUUCCUCGUUCAUGUGGACGUCGUUGUUUUUCCUGCUAGAAUAUGAAGGAUGUGCUCAAUUUUUGGCUGGGGAUUUUUAUUUUUUUGCCAAAAUUCCAUGAGCGUAGUUUUUUUUGGCUUAGUAAAGAGGCACGGUUUGGUUGCUGAAGAUCUAUUGAUCGUGUGUGGAUGAAUUCUUUUGAUCAACGCAGUCGAAAUGUAUGGUUUUUUUGUUGUUGCUCGAAACUCAUCAAAGUCAAUAGGCUAGGCUUAAAUUCUUUUUUACGCUUUGAGUAGCGAAACCUUUUUAGAAUUCUCAGCGGUUUUCAUCCAACAAAGUUUUUUGCUUCUUUUGCCAGCUCAGAACAUUCGAAAGAAAUUUCUUUUACGAAAAAUUUUAACUUUUAAUGGACGCAUUUUCUUGACUGAUCGAAAUUACAGAUUCCAGGAAUCACUUGAUAUUUUCUUGAAUCAAGCGUCGAAGUGCGAAGCAUUCAAGAGUCCAGUUUGCUUUUUUUCGUCAGUUCUAAAAAAAAUUAAAUAAAAGAGGAAUUUGAGCGAGUCGGAGCAAUUUAAUUUUGUUGGUUGGAUGGUUCAUUCGGACGCUUCUCAAUUUUUAGUAGGCAUAUUUCCACCAUUGAAAAAAAAAAUCCCUGGGGAUUUCUCCUAGAUUUUUUUUGCGCGAAAGAUGGAGGACUUUUUGAGUGCCCCAUAUCCGCUCUCAGAAAAAAAAACUGCCCCCACAAUUUUUUUUUCGGAAUCCAUCGCGGGAGAAAAACGCCUGUGAUCACACGCGUCCUCCUGACAUUAUUCUCUAGGAAAGUGUGAUCUCUGGGGUGGGGGAAAAAAUGGGAGAAAGAAGACGAAGAUACGACGAUAUUUCCGGCGAUGGGAAGCGGAGAAAGAGAGAGGAAGAAAAAAACGUUGCUGUGAGAAUUUUUGCGAGUUAAAUUGGAGCGAAAUGAGAUGGACGGAAGAAAGAAAUCGAAAAAUUACAAAAAAUGCUAGAAACUGGAGAAAAAAACAGCAAAACACGAAUUUUUUGUCCCGCAGGAAACGCGCCCAAAAAAAAUAGCAAAAAAUGUUUUUUUUUGCAAAAGCGAAAGAGAGAAACGAGACUCGCGGUUUUUUUGUUUUUGUGUUGGGGGUGCAAUGGAACAAGAACUUGAAAGAAAAAAAAAACAAGAAUAGUGUGUAAUUCAAUUCGGUUUCUUCCUUCAUCUUCCCAACAAAAGAAAAGAACGCCUAUCUCGAAACCGUUGAAGACGGGAAAGAUUUUUGGUUGCUUUUUUCUUUUUUCAAAAAUCGAAACACGUUCGGGCUGGUUUUGUAUUAAUUUGGCUUUUCAUUUCUUUGUUGAAAAGUAAGUGGUUCUUUUUUCUCCUGAGGAAAAAACGUCGGGGGGAGACGAAGAAAUUUUGGAAUUUUUGUUGCGUUUUUUCGUCGGAAAACGUGGAACCCGGAAGUUGUUCUAUUUUUCUCCCGUCUUCAGAAUUAUUUCGAUUCUCUUCUGUCUGCUUUCAAAAUUUUUCCCUCUGUGUCUUCUCUUGAUCUUGUUUUUUUUUUGCAUGGAGCUGAUUUGAUGUGUGGUGGGGGAUUAAGGUAAAACAGAAAAAAGCAGAGGGAAUUCGAAGGUCUUCACGGGAGUGAAAAUUUUUUGGGCCGCAUGGGAUCGAAGGCCUCCUUUCGAGCCCCGCUCUGGUUGGGCAACUUUGACCCAGCUUGGACAAGAUGGAAUAAAAACAUCGCUUUUGUUCCGAAGGAA